AUGCCCGUCAAACCCCUAACCUUCAAAGGCGACAAGAAAGCCAAAAAGCGCAAACACCGCACCUUAGAGACCGCCGACGAAUACAACCACCCUCAAAGCCAAAACACUUCCAUCGCACACCCACCAGCAUCCUCUCAGGGCGGUGGUGCUUUAACCACAACUACAACUACAACUAUCCAACCCUCCUCCUCCGCCGCCGACCACGACCCAUCCGAAGACGACUCCUGGACAACGCCCGACGCGGCAACCGACAUCGCCGGCCCCACCCUCAUCGUGCUGCCCACGACCCCACCGACAUGUCUCGCCUCCGACGCGCACGGCAACGUCUUCGCCUCGCCCCUCGAGAACAUCGUCGACAAUUACCCCGAGACCGCGGAGCCGCAUGACGUGCGCCAGGUGUGGGUUGCCAGCACGGUCGCCGGGACUGGCGGCCAGAUCAACCUGAAGGGCAGCCACGGCGGGUUUCUGUCGUGCGAUAGGAUUGGAGUCUUGGGCGCGAGGAGGGAAGCGAGGGGUCUGGAAGAGGGGUUUAUGGUUGAACCUGUUAUGACGGGCACGGACAAUGGAAAUAAUGAUACUACCACAACCACUACCACUACCACAAGUACUGGGGGUGUUGCGAAUGCCAGGAUGCGCUGGAGGAUACGCACAUCCGCGACGAAGACGGCGGAAGGGGACCAGGGGAAACGGUAUAUUUGUGCUGUGGUUACCGGGGGGGAUGAUGACAACGAGAAAGAGGACGGCAAAGAGACGGCAGAAAAGGAAAUGAAAAAGAAAACCAUCGCAAUUUCACUUCGUGGCGACGGCGACGCGGAUUCGGAAUCGACAUAUCUCGUGCUCAAGAUGCAGGCGCGCUUCAAGCCGCGUCUGAUGCAGAAUAAAGAGACCAAGGCUAGGGAAAAGGUCAGUCGGCGCGAGCUGGAGCAGGCCGUUGGGAGGAAGUUGGAGGAUGACGAGGUCCGGAGACUCAAGCGGGCUAGGAAGGAGGGCACUUAUUAUGAGGAGAUCCUUGAUGUCAGGGUCAAGGGGAAACAUGACAAGUUCGCGAGCUGA